AUGUCCGACGAACACAACCACCUCACCGAGUCCGGCGUCACAUUGCACUCCGACAGCGAACUAUACUCUGCAGGCGAUGAUCUCUCUUCACCUCCCUCGUCAAACUCUCCCGUCAUUCUUUACAAGCCCCCUACAGUGUGGUCUUUGAUACGGGGAGCUGCUAUCAACCUCCUUCUACCUUUUGUUAACGGCAUGAUGCUUGGAUUUGGAGAGCUCUUCGCUCAUGAGGCUGCUUUUAGGCUGGGAUGGGGAGGUACAAAGGUCUUCCCCCUUUCGCGAAGAAGAGUUCACCCUAUCGGACCUGGUAUCGAGCUUCGAGAAAAGCCAUAUGCUCCUCGCCCUUCGCUGGACGAUUUUGCAAGCCUGGAGCCGAGGCCUAAUGACAAGGUGAUUCGGAGAUCAUCGGCGGCGGACUAUCGCGAACCCGACAUUUACCCGCCGGUCCCGGAAAACCAAACCUCCAAAAAAUUCCCAGCAACAUCGCGCAACUUAUUGUCCGACCCAUCCCACUUCAUCACCGCCGCAAUGCUUCCCAGCCGAGGAAUUGUGCGCUCUUUGCCUUCGGGCGCUUUCCAGAGGCCAUGUGGUCCUUCUAUGUCAAGGACCCUGGGUAGAAAAUUCGAUGCUCGACAGUUCGGCACAGCGAUGAAGAGCGCUCGCACACCUCUCACGGCUGGGACAAGAGUUGGUGUCAGGAAUAUUGCUGCGCCUGUUGUUUUGGGCGGAAUUGCUUUGUCAAGGCAGCUCUCGCUAUGGGGUUAUAACAUCUAUGGAAAGAAGAAGACAGAAGAGCCCGCUGUUGAAGCCGUCACAACGCCAGAAGCUCCCAUUCCCCCCGAGACCAUCGACCCUACACCCAUUAACGAAGCUCCUACUCCUGCCGCCGAUAAGCUCGCAGAUGUGACACAGUCUGCUGAACCAUCUUCCGUUCUGCCCUCCGAAUUCGACCUCGAAAGCAUUGCCGACCUUGCCAACCCUAGCAUUCUCACUAUGCCCGAGAACAUUGGUUUUCUGAAGGAGAUUGGCCUCGACUACGGCUGGGGUCCUACAUCCGUUAUGCAAUGGGUCCUCGAGCACGUUCAUGUGUAUACUGGUCUCGGAUGGGGAGGCUCAAUUGUCGCAACAGCUCUCUUAUUACGUGUCGUCAUGAUCUACCCUCAACUUCGAAGUGUCAAGUUCAGUGCUGCCACGGCCAAGAUGAAGGCGGAUCCUCGUUCUCAGGAAAGUCUGGAACUAUUGAAGAAGGGUUAUCAGACAGGUGAUCGGGAGAUGAUUCAAAAGGGACAGUUUAUCGGCAACAUGGUCCGAAAGGAAUACGGCACCGAGAUCAAGAACAUGUUCUGGGCUUUUGUCCAGGUUCCCUUCAGUUUUGGUCUGUUCCGAGUCAUCAACGGUAUGAUUCACAUCCCCGUUCCUUCUAUGGAGGACGCUGGCUGGGCCUGGUUCACCGACCUUACUGUCGCCGAUCCCUUUUACGCCCUCCCUAUUGCUGGUACCGUUAUGCUGGUCGGCACCUUGAAGCUCAAUUCUAAAUACACACCCCCUGAGCAAAAGGCCAUGAUGCAGAACAUGGUCUACGUCAUGAGUGCAGUGACUCUCAUCGCUACAAGCUUCCUCGGCGCUGGCGUCAACCUCAUGAUGGUUACCACCGGAGCUGCCACAUGCGUCACAGCCGCCAUCCUCAACAACGAGUCCAUCCGUCGCGCCCUCGACCUUCCCAUCCCCAAGAUCGAGGAGCCCGUCUACAAGCCUCCCCGCGUCACCCAGGCCAAGGGCUUCGAGGGCAUUCGUGAGCGUCUCACCGACAACCUCGACAAUAUGAAGAAGAGCGUCUCCGACUCAGUCGGCAACAUGACGAAUCAGUACAGCGGGACUGCUGAGGAGCGAGCUGAGAAGGCGCGAAAGGAGCAGAUUCAGAAGCUUGAGAAAAUGCGACGAAAGUUGGAGCGUGAUGAGUUUGAGAAGAAGUACAAGCGAUGA